AUGUACAUACACAGAAAUACACACACACAGACACAUGUACAUACAUACUGUACACAGACACAUGUACGUACAUAUACACACAAACACACACAUGUACAUACACACACACAUGUGCACACACACACACAUGAAUAUACACGCAGAUACAUGUACAGAUACACACAUGUACAUACACACAGGCACAUGUACAGAUACACACAUGUACAUACACACAGACACAUGUACGUACAAACACACAUGUACACACACACACUCACCCUAUAAAAAGUUGCAGUACUUCAUUGUUCACUCACAGAGCCGGGUACUGCAUUCUAGGGGGAGGCAGAGAGCACAGCACACACUCCUUCCUUUGCUUUCACUGCGCUCAGCUAUUGAGCAGUCUGAUGGCUCCCAGUGCCAAUGACAGAUUCAGCCUGAGCUCCGAGCCUGCUCAGCAAGAUGGCCCUGGGGGACACACUCACCCCCACCAUAAUUUCCACUCGCCAUUGGCGAGCAGGUGAGUGGAAAUUUCAAGGCCUGGCAUA